AUGUGGCAUGAAAGGAUGACAGACUCCGAAGCGCCCCAGAGGCCCCUGCUGUGUUUUUUGUCUACAUUGCUUUCCCAGAAGGUUCCUGAGAAGUCAGACGCUGUGCUUCGCUGCAUAAUAUCUGGUCAGCCCAAGCCAGAGGUAACUUGGUAUAAGAAUGGUCAAGCCAUGGAUGAGAGUGGCAUUGUUUCCAGCUAUGAAUUCUUUAAGAAUCAGUAUAUUCAUGUGUUACAUCUCUCUUGCUGUACCAAAAAUGAUGCUGCUGUCUAUCAAAUCUCAGCUAAAAACUCUUUUGGAAUCAUCUGUUGUUCUGCUUCCGUUGAGGUUGAGUGCUCAUCAGAGAACCCACAACUGUCUCCUAACCUGGAAGAUGACAGGGACACAGGUUGGAAACAUGAAACAGGGACGUGUGAAGAAGAAAGUGCAAAUCAGAUUGAUGAGAAGGAACAUCUUUAUAAGGAAGAAGAAAGCAUCUCCCCAGGCACUCCCAGGUCCAACCAUUCACUCUCCCUCCAGUUACUGGGCAAUCUUGACAUUAGUGUGUCCAGUUCUGAAAAUCCCUUGGGUGUUAAAGGAACAAGGCACCCUGGAGAGGCUUAUGAUCCAAGUAACACAGAAGAAAUUGCAGAUUCGUUGCUUUUUCUUAAUUCAAGUCAUGUUUACGAAAAACAAGAUGAACUUUGCCACAAGACAGUGCAUUCCACAGCAUCCAAGUUCACGGGUGGUGGCCUGAACAAUGAUGGCCCUCAUGAUGAAGGCUUACACUCCAGUCAGCAAAAUCCCAAAGUACAGAAAUACAUUAGCCUCAGUCUCCCGCUGUCUGAGGCAACUGCACACAUUUACCCAGGUGACAAUGCCGUGGCCAAGAAACAACCCAGCCCACAGGUUUCCAGUGAAGACUCUGACAGUGACUAUGAACUUUGCCCAGAGAUAACCCUAACCUACACCGAGGAGUUUUCAGAUGAUGACCUGGAGUAUCUGGAAUGUUCCGAUGUUAUGACGGAUUACUCUAAUGCAGUUUGGCAAAGGAACCUGCUGGGGACUGAGCAUGUUUUUUUAUUAGAAAGCGAUGACGAAGAGAUGGAAUUUGGUGAGCAUUGCCUGGGUGGGUGUGAGCAUUUCCUCAGUGGAAUGGGUUGUGGACCUCAGGUGUCAGGUGACGCUGGGCCUAUGGUUGCCACUGCUGGCUUCUGUGGUCAUCACUCACAACCCCAAGAAGUUGGGGUGAGGAGUGGCAGAGCCUGCAAGCAUGGUCCCUCAUCCCCACAAACAGGGAUGACUCUCACUUUGGGACCUCACCAGGAUGGGAUGUCUUCAGUGACAGAACAGGGGAGAUAUAAACUCCCCACUGCUCCUGAGGCUGCUGAAAAUGAUUAUCCAGGAAUUCAAGGAGAAACCAGAGACAGCCACCAAGCAAGAGAGGAAUUUGCCAGUGACAAUCUGCUCAACAUGGAUGAAUCAGUAAGAGAGACAGAGAUGAAGCCCUUGUCUGGUGAGUCGGAAAACUCAGGGAUGAGCCAGUGUUUGGAGAUGGCAGCUGAGAAGAGAGUUGGGGGAAAGGACUUAUGGAGCGAGAGGGGUUCACAGAAACCUGCCAGGGUGAGGCAGCUGGGAAUGAAGGGAAAUCCCAAGAAGCCGAAUGCCAACCUGAGAGAAAAUACAACAGAAGGUACCCUUCAUCUCUGCUAUGCCAAAGAAUCUGCUAAGCACCCACUAACCCAGAGUGAUAAAAGAGAGACUUCUCACAGCACAGCAGCAGCGACUGGUCAGAAUUCCCAUGCUGAUGCAGGAGAAUGUGCUAUUUCAACCCAGGCAGAGCAAGAAGCAAAAACCCUUCAAACUUCAACAGACUCACUCUCCAAAGAAGGUAACACCAACUGCAAGGGAGAAGGCAUGCAAGUUAAUUCUCUAUUUGAAACAAGCCAGGUUCCAGACUGGAGUGAUCAUCCUCAGGUACAAAUUCAGGAAACAGUCAGAGAGAGAAUCUCUUGCAGCCAGAUGCCAGCUUUCUCAGAGCCUGCUGGGGAGGAGCCCCCAUUCACUGGGACCACAACAAUUUCCUUCUCAAACUUAGGAGGGGUCCACAAGGAAAAUGCAUCAUUAGCUCAACACUUGGAGGUCAAACCCUGUACCUGUGACCCACAGCAGGAAGAAAAACAAGACAGAGAUGGCAACACACCUGACAAUUUCAGGGAAGACCUAAAACAUGAACUGAGCACCUCAGAAGCCAAUGAUGAGAAUACGUUCCCAGGUGUGUUCUCAAGGCAUCUCCCCAAGGAUGCCCGUGCUGACUUCAGGGAGCCUGUGGCUGUCUCUGUUGCUUCCCCUGAAACCACAGAUACUGUCCUCACCCUGGAAAAUGUGUGUGAUGGGCCAAGGGACAGAGAAGCAGUGUGUGCAGUGGAGUGUUUUGAGGCUGGUGACCAAGGAACAUGUUUUGAUACCAUAGAUUCUCUUGUUGGGGUGCCAGCUGAUAAAUAUUUGCCUCAAGAAAUUUGCUCUGUAGACUUGGAACUGGCAGAAGGUCAAAGAAAAGUAUCUGAUUUAUGUUCUCCUAAUGGCAAGACACUAGAAGUCCUUUUUCAGACACAAGUGUCUGAGACUUCAGUGUCUACGUACAAAAGCAGCAAGGACGGCGACUCAGUCAUGUCCCCUCUUUUUAUCAGUACUUUCACCUUGAACAUUUCACACACAGCUAGUGAAGGUGCCACAGAAGAAAAUCUAGCCAAGGUAGAGAAUUCCACCUGCCCACUGGCCUCCACAGUACAUGUUGGCCAGGAGCGGUCAAGCCCCAACAACUCAGGAAGGCUUGAGGAAACACAGCUCCUUUCUUCUGAGAACAAUCCUUUAGUGCAAUUUGAAGAAGGAGGUGACAAGAGCCCCAGUCCUAGUGCUGCAGACACCACAGACACCCUAGCCCAUUAUAGUUCAGUCGUGAGUUUUCCUUGGGAGAAGACAUCAACAUUAACUGCUAAUAAUGGGUUUCAAGUGACCAGGGAGACUGAGGACACAUCGACUGUUACCACUGCCACGAAAAUCCACUCAGCCAAGUACCUUGCUGUGUCAAUUCCUGAGGACAAGCAUGCAGGUGGCACUGAGGAGAGGUUCCCGCGUGCAUCCCAUGAAAAGGUUUCCCAAUUUCCUUCCCAAGUGCAGUUGGGUCAUAUUUUAAGUGGUGCUACCACCAAGUCUACAAAAGAGCUACUCUGCACAGCACCCAGUGUGCCAGGAGUCCCACACCAUGUCCUGCAGCUUCCGGAGGGAGAGGAUUUCUUCAGUAAUUCCCCUCUUCAGGUUGAUAACCUGUCUGGAGAUAAGAGCCAGACUGUGGAAAGAGCAGACUUUAGGAGCCAUGAAGAGAAUUUCCAAGAAAGAGGAAGUGAAACGAAGCAGGGGCUCCAGCAGCAGAGUCUGUCCCACCAGGGUUCUCUUUCUGCACCUGAUUUCCAAGAAAGUUUGCCUACGACAUCUGCUGCACAAGAGGAAAUAAACUUGGUGCCCUCGGCCCACUCACCAGCAAGCUCUAGGGAAGGAGCAGGGCAGCGCUCAGUUUGGGGGAUGAGGGUCUCCAUGGUGGCUGAAACUGCUGGGGAAGAAGAUAGUCAGGCUCUGAGCAACGUUCCGUCUCUCUCUGAUACCAUUUUGGAAGAGUCUAAAGAAUAUAGACCUGGAAAUUGGGAGGCAGGCAACAAGCUGAAGAUUAUAACUCUAGAGGCUUCCGCUUCUGAAAUCCGGCCACCAAGACAACGGACAAAUUCUGAGAGCAAGGCAUCAGAUGGUGGUCCCGUAAUUCCUGACAAGGUCUGGGCUGUACCUGAUAGUCUAAAGGCAGAUACUGUUGUGCCUGAAUUGGCCCCCUCUGAAAUAGCAGCAUUGGCUCACAGUCCAGAGGAUGCUGACUCAGCCCUUGCUGAUAGCAGAGAAAGCCAUAAAGGCGAAAAGCCUGCCAUCAGUGCACACUGGAGAAGUCUUUCUUCCUGGGGUUUCAGCCAACCCAGACUCCUGGAGUCAUCCGUGGACCCUGUAGAUGGAAAGGAGUUAUGUGUCACAGAUUCACUGUCAGUGGCUUCUGAAACUGGAGGGAAGGAAAAUGUUAACAAUGUGAGUCAAGACCAGGAGGAAAAGCAACUCAAGAUGGAUCACACUGCCUUCUUUAAAAAGUUUCUGACCUGCUCUAAAAUCCUAGAGUCCUCUGUAGAUCCCAUUGAUGAGACAAGUGUGAUAGAGUACACCAGGGCUGGAAAACCAGAGCCCUCUGAAUCCACACCAGAGGGCGCCAGAGAAGGGAGUCAAUCAAAUGACAGAAAUGUGGGCCACGGAGCGAAAAUCCAGCCUGCCAUUUUGCAAGUUCCAUGUCUCCAGGGAACCAUUCUGACUGAAAAUAGAAUCAGCAGAAGCCAAGAAGGCAGUAUGAAACGGGAGGCUGAACAAAGUCAACCUGAUGAGGCAAAAACUACCAUUUGGCAAGUCCUGCAACCCUGUGAAGGGGGUGAAAGAAUUCCAAAUGGAUGUAGCAUAGGCCAAAUACAAGAAAGCAGUGAUGGGAGCUUAGGGGAGACUGAGCAAAGUAAAAAGGACAAAGCAGAAUUGAUUUCCCCCACUUCACCUCUUUCUAGCUGUCUUCCAAUAAUGACUCAUGCUUCUCUUGGGGUUGAUGCUCACGACUCCACAGGCCAAAUUCAUGACGUCCCUGAAAAUGACUUAGUUGAGCCCAGAAACCGUCAGUAUGUGUUUCCUGUUUCACAGAAAAGGGGAACUAUUGAGAAUGAGCGUGGGAAACCUUUGCCCUCUUCUCCUCAUCUUACCAGGUUGCCUUGUACUUCAUCUCCUGAAGGAAAUGUCACAAACUUUUUGAUAAGCCACAAAAUGGAGGAACCUAAAAUAGAGGUGCUUCAAACUGGGGAAACCAAACCCCCAAGCUCAUCUAGCUCCUCAGCAAAGACCUUGGCAUUCAUUUCAGGAGAAGAUGAGUUAGAGAAAGCCCCUAAGUUACUGCAGGAUCCACAUCCAAAGGGCACCCUACGCUGUGUGAAAAAGUCCAGGGAGAGGGAGAAGUCACUGGAAGCCCAAGCUGGCAAAUCGCCAGGGGCCCUCACAGCAGUGACAGGGUCAGAGGAGGUCAAAAGGAAGCCAGAAGCCCCAGGCAGUGGACAUUUAGCUGAGGGAGUAAAGAAGAAAAUUUUGUCCAAAGUGGCAGCCCUGAGGCUGAAACUGGAAGAAAAGGAAAAUGCCAGAAAGAACUCAGCCUUUCUCAAAAAGAUGCCCAAACUUGAAACAUCGUUAUCACGCACAGAAGAGAAACAAGACCCAAAAAAGCCAUCUUGCAAAGGAGAAGGAAGAGCUCCGGUAUUACUGAAAAAGAUCCAAGCUGAGAUGUUCCCUGAACACUCUGGAAAUGUAAAAUUAAGCUGCCAAUUUGCGGAAAUUCAUGAAGAUUCUACUAUCUGCUGGACAAAAGAUUCAAAGUCCAUAGCCCAAGUGCAGAGAAGUGCAGGGGACAACUCCACUGUUUCCUUUGCCAUCGUUCAAGCCAGUCUGAAGGACCAGGGCCUCUAUUACUGCUGCAUCAAGAACAGCUAUGGAAAAGUGACUGCUGAAUUUAACCUCACAGCUGAAGUUCUCAAACAACUGUCAAGUCGCCAGGAUACUAAAGGAUGCGAAGAGAUUGAAUUCAGCCAACUCAUCUUCAAAGAAGACUUCCUCCAUGACAGCUACUUUGGGGGCCGCCUGCGUGGUCAGAUCGCCACGGAGGAGCUGCACUUCGGAGAAGGGGUUCACCGCAAAGCCUUCCGCAGCACAGUGAUGCACGGCCUCACGCCCGUCUUCAAACCUGGCCAUGCCUGUGUGCUUAAGGUGCACAAUGCCGUUGCCUAUGGGACCAGAAAUAAUGAUGAGCUCAUCCAAAGGAACUACAAGCUCGCUGCCCAGGAAUGCUAUGUUCAAAAUACUGCCAGGUAUUAUGCCAAGAUCUACGCUGCUGAAGCACAGCCUCUGGAAGGCUUUGGAGAAGUGCCUGAGAUCAUUCCUAUUUUUCUUAUCCAUCGGCCUGAGAACAAUAUCCCGUAUGCUACAGUGGAGGAGGAGCUGAUUGGAGAAUUUGUGAAGUAUUCCAUCAGGGACGGGAAAGAAAUAAACUUCUUGAGAAGAGAAUCAGAAGCUGGUCAGAAGUGUUGCACCUUCCAGCACUGGGUGUACCAGAAAACAAGUGGCUGCCUCCUGGUGACGGACAUGCAGGGUGUCGGAAUGAAGCUAACGGACGUUGGCAUAGCAACGCUGGCUAAAGGAAAUAUAUCUUAGAAUCACAGUUUGAAAAACGGAUGAAAAGGGAAAACUUCUCCAAACAGAGCAUAAGGGGUGGUUGAGAGACCUCCUGGGAACCCCUCUGGAGUGGAAACCAGUGAUCAAGUCCGACUUCCUCACUUCACAGGUGAGGAGGCAUGGGGUAUGGGGCAGCCUGCUUACAGGCAGGAGUCAAUAAAUCUUUCCUGCUUGAAGUUAGCACCCCAAAGUGAAGGGCAGAUCCUCAAUGCUGGGAGGCCGAGGCACAAUUGAAAAAGUUCUCCAGUGAAUGUCAAAGCUGCAAAAGGGAGCUAGAUCAUGAGAACAGACUUGGAAAGGGCUCAAGUUCAAUGGCACUUUGCAGACAGGAAAGUCCAGGUGGGAGGCAAAUGAGCCAGGGGAAGAAAGGAAGGCGAGCAUCACAGACUGCAGAGAGCAAGAGAGAAGAUGGAAGAAUAAGGGUUGAUUGGGCAAGUUCUCUCGAUUCUUAGCAAGCAACUGUGCGUGAGCUUAGUUCAUUCAUGAUGCAAAGGGGCAGUCGCAAGUUCUAUGGCGGAGCUAGUACCUGGCAGGGCUCAGCUGGGGGAAUAGCACCAUCAUAAGAAGCAGUGCUCUGUGUGUCAUUAAAAAAAAUAUUCCCAUAUGUCUCAAUCAGGACCACAUAUUUGGCUGCUGACACCCCAGUCAUGCAUGGUCCUAUUUCAGGAGUAAUUAGUCUUAAUCUCGUCAAAUAAAAUAGAGAAUUGUCAUGACUUAAUCAUUUUAAUUCAACUUUACUUCGUUGUAUGUUCCUUACAACAGGAGUAUGUCAUAUUUCUCUUGGGAGCCAGAGAUAUAAAUAUGUCUGGAAGCACAUCCCCUGUACCUCAGCCACCUCAAUCUUUUGGCAAAUGUUGGGUACAAAAAUUUCAGGUUACAAAGUAUGGCAAGUAAGACUGUCUUGACAUCCAGUAAUCCAUUUUCUAGACAGACCAAGAUACUAACUGGACCAUUGAACAAAUUUCUGAUUGGAAAUUACACAAGGAAAAAAUGCCUAAUUUUAUAACUGGAGAUGUGGAAGCGUAACCUAACCAACUCCAGACCGAUCUAAAGCCACCCAGGCAGAGGAGCCGACCUGCAAACUCAUGCUUCUCUCCAGCCAGUGGGGGAGUUCCUGGGGCAGGCGACGAGAUUGCAGUUCAACCACCAGAGGGCACCAGAACCAAUACUUUGCCCUUUGUAGUCUCCCCUAAAAAGCCAGUUUCCGGUUGCCAGAUUGAAAUAAAACAAAGUACCAUUAGCAGAUUUCUUCCCUGGCAGUAAGCAUUGGACCAAAAUAAGAUUAAUAUGGACAGCCAUAAAGGGCACCCCUCAGAGCAGCUGCCAGCCAGCCUUGCAUCUUUCCACCCUUGGAAGAAGGAACGAUGAGACUUAAGGAUGAGUGUCAUGUGUCAGGCGUCCCUGACAUGGAAGCCAAAUUCCCGAGACCCUGAACAGAAGCCUGGAUGAUUCAUUCACGUAGCAGGAGGAGAGCUGCCUUGAGAAAGCAGGCUCCACUGGCGUCUGUGUGCCUAGCUCUGAUCCUGGCCAUGAAAAGGAGAAAAGAUCAAAAUAGACUCCCACACUCGGUCAAGCUGAGUUCCAAAAGAAAGGCUCUGCCCUCAAUGCCCACAAGCAGGUGGAGGGGACGGCAGCCACCUGGGAUGCUUUGCCCAGUCACAAGGCUGAGACAUCACCAUACCUGGAGAGGAAGAGCCAAAACAAACCUGGAGGUGGGAAGAAACAAUCUAAUCCAAAGAAACACGCCCCAAGAAUAGGCUUAUGUGCAUGAGUGGUGACUCUAGGCAGAGUAUUUAAAGCAAUGCAUGAGUCUGCCAGGAGAAGAAACAAAGGGACAUUGGAACAGAAUUCCUGAUGCCUUUUAAGUAUGUCAUAGCAGGGCCUUGUCACUGUAGAACACCAAACAUUUCAGCCAAGUCCCCAAUGCCAGGCAUCAGCAGACCAGUCUCACAGGCCUGUCGGCUUGAGAAAGGCAAUUUUAUGCCCCAGAUAGCUCCUCUCCCCGCCUGCCCCAUGGUCACCUGUCCUAGAAGGUCGUCUGCAUCCCAUCUUCAUCGGGUCAGGCUAUUCUGUAGUGGGACCGACUGGCCUGCUGGCUGAUUUAUGUGGCCAGUCUUUGCCAUUAAGGAAGUCUGGAGGCUGAAGGGAAGUCUGAAGGGAACAGUGGUGAUUUUUGCAGUUUUUGGCAAGGCAGAUCCUACUAUAAGCAGUGCUCUCAGUGUGUAGGGGAGUCUCUCAGGCCCAACAGAGCCAGCCAGGACACGCCCCCUUCAUGGAGGGACUAACACAGCAGUCUCCUGGCCUCUGCCCAGAAGUCUUACAAAGGACAGUUCUGUUGAAGUGUCUGGAAUUGGGAGCCACGGGUUCCUCCCACUCCUGACCCUAUUCCCUAGUUGUCCCCCUGCCCAGUCCAUUCCCAGGACCUGAGGACUCAGGGACAGAUGCUGCAUUGCUUGUCAUCCAGCUUCAGAGAUGAGUCUGAACAGAGAGAACGUCUAGAGAAGCCUGGUAGAUUCGAGAUCACCCCUGCAAGACAAACUGGUGGCCAGUAGGAGGGAGACAGAGGCACAAGGCAGGUGCAGGGAUGGCCGAGAAGGUCAGGGGUGACAGAGCCUGAGCAGACAGGACAGGGUGAAGACCAGAAUAGACAAGAAAAAAGUUAUCACUGCCUUCAGGAACGUCUAAGCCAAUGCGGUGUCACCAGGUGGGAGCCCGGUGAUAGAUCAGAGAGGGAAUGUGCUGCUAAGAUGCCAGCAACUAAACAAGUUUGUCCACAAAAGACAAGGAAAAGUCUAGAAGGUAGCUAGAAAAGGAGGUGUGGGGAAUGUGUGUGUGUGCGUAUAUGUGUCUGUGUGCGUGUCUUUGUGUGUCUGCC